CCAGUCAGGUCAUUUACGACGGACGCCGCCUCGUGAGCAGCACCGACAUCCUUCCAAUCCAGCGCAAACCGACCUCCGACAGCAUGUUGAACGGAAUCGGGCUCGCCAAGAGUCGUCCGAACUCGAAACAUUGCGACGACGAAUAGCCGAAUUGAAAAAUCGGCAACGGGCACCUGAGGAUCCACCUCGGCGGGCCUCUACCUCGGCUCAGGUGUAUUUGGAAGCCGACUCUCCCCUCACUCCGGAACUUACAUCGGAACCAUGGCAACAAUUGAGGUCGGCUUUCCGAUCUCAUUUUAUCGGGGCCCAAGUAUGCCUUAUCCCGAAAGAGUCUCUUGCCAAUAUCACUCAAAAAGAUGAUGAAAGCGUUAAAGAUUAUAUCGCUCGUUUCAAUGACCGAGUUCAGAAUAUGGAACCCUGUCAUCCCGAAACUUUGCUUGUUAUGGCUAUUGCUGGGUUGAAGCCAAAUUCGAUUUUCCGCUGGACGUUAUGCCAAAAUAAACCGAAUACUUUUCAAGAAUUUCUCGCUCGAGCCCAACAGCAUAUCAUAGCGGAAGAAGCUAUGUCGGUUCCCGAUUUCAAUUUUAACCAGAAGUCCUCUAAGGCGAGAACCGACGAAAAAAGGAAGAAUAAAUUUUUUGACAAGCAAAACAAGAAUCAAUUCAGGGGACCUCCCCGAGGAGACCCCAACGAUCCUGAAGUCCGAGCGGCCCGAAAACAGUACGCGACCGACGUGAAGUCCGGUUAUCAAACUGUAUACUCGGCGGGAGCAGCUACUAUUUAUGAAGAAAUCAAAGGGAAGGGCAUUUUGCCAGAUCCCAAGCCACUUCGGAUGCCUGAAGAAAAAUUAGACAAGUCCCGAUAUUGCGAUUAUCACAAGUCGCCCGGGCACAACACGGACGAGU